AUGAGUAAUGACUUGAUUAUUCUAUUCGUUUUAAUUUUGGCAUGCCUAUUAGCCUACAGACUAACCACAAACAAAUCAAACGUACACAAAUUCACGCGUAUUAACAAUAGCCACCUAAUCUUUGGCAACUUCUUAGAGGCUUUAGGAAUGUUUGACAAAAAAUUCCCAGAAUGGACUGAAAUAUACGGUCCAACUUUCAUAUUCGAAACUUUAUUUCGCAAACAACAUGUACACACGAUCGACCCACUCGCUCUGGAUCACAUCCUCAGAAAGCGCAGUUACUCAUAUCCGAAAACGGUUGGUUUGAGGAAGUCUCUUGAUUCAGUGAUUGGUUUCGGUGGAAUGAUAUCAUCUGAAGGCGAUUAUCAUAAACGCCUAAAGAAGUUGAUGACUAGCCCACUGAAUAGCCCCACCAAUUUGGAAUCAUUCAUCCCUCUGAUGAAGAGUAAGGGAGAUCAGCUAGUCAAAGUUAUCGAAAAGCUCAUCGGUAAUGAGAAGAUUAAAGAAUUAGAUAUUCUGCCGCUAAUCGAAGAACUGGCUGGCGAUAUUGUUGGUCUUACAUUAUUCAGACUAGACCUCGGCUUAUUACCAAACACUAAUGAUAUCCAUGCUAAGAAUACCUCAAAUAUCGCUAAAGCUGUUGAACACCUCUCAGACAGCAAAGGUGACGCUAGUCUGGCAUUCUUUUUACAAUUCGUUAUCCCAAUAACUGGUUCAUUGCCAACAUCUACACAAAGACUGAAUAAAAAGCACCUUAGUGAAUUUAAAAAGACUGCUGAAAUACUCUAUCACAACAAACUUGAAAGUUUGCAAGAAUCAAAGGAGAUUGGUGAAGAUUUGAACACAGAAAACGAUAUCCUGACACUCCUCAUCGAUGCAAACUUGAAGCAGGUGAAAAGUGAACAAUUUACUAAGGAUCAGAUUAUAUCACAAAUCACUACGUUUAUUAUAGCAGGCAUAGAUACAACUACCGUCACGCUCAAUUGGAUAUUAUACGCUUUAUCUACCAAUCAAUCAACACAAUCAAAGUUAAGACAUGAGAUUGAGACUGCCAACAUCAAACAUGAUCCAAGCCCAACACUCAAUAGCAUCAACUCCUUAGAUUAUUUAGAUGCAGUAGUCAAAGAAGGACUGAGAUUGUAUGCGGCAGUUCCAAACACGAUUAGAGAGGCGAGUCAGGAUGAUGUCAUCCCACUCAAGUACCCGAUCAAAGAUAGAAAGACAGGAGAACUGAUGGAUAAGAUAAUAGUAAACAAGGGUCAGCAGAUACUGAUUCCUAUACAUUCCUACAACAAGUCAUCGUACAACUUCGAUGACGGAUACGUUUUCAAACCAGAGAGGUGGAUUGAGAAUCCCAAUCAGCCAAUUUUGACAUUCUUGGAUGGUACUAGAAUGUGUAUCGGUGCCAAAUUGGCUUUAUUAGAGAUUAAACUUACGCUUAUACACUUGAUCACUUCUUUUCACUUCGAUUUCGAUGAUGCUUAUGAAGUAGAGGCAAGAGGUAGAGUCACACUCCAUCCAUCUGUAAAGGAGUCUAUUCUCAGAGAACCUUUAUUACACACUAUCGAUAAGUCAGCACUUAAUCACGUUCUCCAGAGGAACUCGCACAAUUAUACCAAACCCCAGGCAGUCCAAAACGUGAUGCGGAAAGUAUUCGGACGUGAUGGUAUAUUUAUCUCAGAAGGUUCUCAGCACAAAAAGCUACGCAAAUUAAUGACGCCGUCUUUCUUCACUGCUAGCAAUCUCCAGAACUUCAUUCCAAUCAUUCAACAGAAGUCUGCGGAAUUGGUUGAUGUUUUCGGCAAAAAAGAUACUGUGCAGUUUGACGUGCUACAAGACUUUAAAAAUGUCUCUACUGAUAUUGUCGGCAUGAUUGGCUUCGGUUUCUCAUUCGAUCUGUUAAACCCUAUCAAAAAACGUGAUCAGCGUCAAAUAGAGUUGCAUCAAGCGUUACAACACGUUAUCGCAUCUGCUGGUUCAUCAUCUCUAUUCACGUCCUUAUCACUAUUCAUAUCUUCAAUGAAGAUAAUUCCAACAAAAAGUUUUAAGCUUUUGAAAGAAGCUAUGGCUUUGUUCGAGCAAGUUGGUUUGGAUCUUAUGAAAGGGAGGAAAGAAGUAGAGAAAGAGAAUGAGGAGAUCGGUGAAGGCUCAUUCCAAGGCAAAGAUGUGCUAUCCCUACUUAUGAAAUCGAAUCUCAGACCUGAACUCAACCCAAGCGAUAGACUGAGUACUUCAGAGGUCGUUUCGCAGAUUGCAACUUUUUUGGUCGCCGGUACUGAUACAACGUCGAACGCUAUGGCUUAUAUGCUUCACUCGUUAGCUUCAAAUAAACGAGUGCAAGAUAAAUUACGCAGCGAGAUAAUCGAGCACGCACUAAAUAUGAAUGAAUCAACCUCGCUUAAUGACGUCAAUUCACUUCCAUAUCUCGAUAUGGUGAUUAAGGAGACACUCAGACUGAACGCACCUGUUCCCCUCACUAUCAGACAAGCUACAAAUGCUGAUGUCAUACCCCUAGCUCAUCCAGUGAAGGAUACAAAGACAGGUGAUAUGAUUUCACAGAUAGUGGUUAAGCCUGGACAGAAGGUCGUGAUCGGAAUACACUCAUACAACAAAUCUAACUUGAUGUGGGACAAGCCGCUCGAGUAUAUUCCAGAGCGGUACGAAAAUGACACCCACAGCCCACCUUAUCUAUCUUUCAUCGACGGUCAGAGAGUGUGUAUCGGAUAUAAAGUAGCGAUACUUGAAAUGAAGAUCACUGCUAUCAACUUAAUCAAGAACUUUACCUUCUCACUCCCUGAUCCACCGCACAACAUCGUGAAAACCGGUAGAAUGGUUCAUACACCGUGGAUUCGCGAGCGCAUGGAUCUAGGCACUAGGCUAGAGCUGCAAGUGAAUGAAUACAAGCUCUAG